CCAGGCUUAUUUAAUCUAUGGCACUCUUUGAUAUGCAAUUCGAAUCGUAACGCACUACCAUUACUGUCUUGUUUAUUAAUCCUCUUCUUCUUCAGUUUCAAGAGAGCCAAACAUUUCAGUUUUCCUGAAAAUGGCAUCCCCAGACAAGGAAGUAGCCGGAGAGGUCCCUCAUGUUAUUCGUGUCUACAAGGAUGGCUCAGUAGAACGUCUACUAAGCUGGCCAUCUGUGCCACCAUCACCAAACCCAGAUCCUCAAACCGGUGUCUCAUCAAAGGAUAUAACCAUCUCUGAAAACCCGAAAAUCUCUGCUCGCCUCUACCUCCCAAAAAUCGAACCAGAUGACCAAAAACUCCCAAUAUUGGUUUACUUUCAUGGUGGUGCGUUUUGCAUUGGAUCUGCCUUUUCAUCUGUUGACAAUCGUUACAUGAGUGGAUUGGUCUCUGAAGCCCGAGCUAUUGCCGUCUCUAUUGAGUACAGGAUGGCCCCGGAGCACCCUCUCCCGGCAGCAUAUGAGGACUGUUGGGCUGCUCUCAAUUGGGUGGCAUCUCACUCUGAAUCCCAAAACGAACCCAAUAAAGAUCCCUGGUUGUUGAGCUAUGGUGAUUUUGAGAGGGUUUACAUUGGCGGUGACAGUGCUGGUAGUAAUAUAGCUCAUAACAUAGCAAUCAGAGCUGGAUCUGAGAAUUUGGAAUGUAAUGUGAAAAUCUUGGGUGCUUUGAUUUUGCAUUCUUAUUUUUGGGGGUCAAAUCCAAUUGGGUCCAAAACUGAUCCUGAUAAGAUCAAGCCAUACUUGGUAUUUGACUCAAAAUCAAUCGAGUCAGAAUCUGGUGUUGAUACAGAUAAGACACUCCCAGCUUUGGUUUGGAGCUUUGUGUACCCAUCUGCACCAGGAGGUAUUGAUAAUCCUAUGAUCAAUCCAGAGGGUCCAGGAGCUCCGAGCUUGGCCAAACUCGGGUGUUCGAAGUUGCUGGUUUGCGUAGCUGAGCAUGAUGAAUUGAGAGAUAGAGGUGUUCGGUACUAUGAUUUAGUGAAGGAGAGUGGCUGGGAUGGUGAAUUGGAGUUGUAUGAAGUGGAAGGAGAAGGUCAUUGCUUUCAAAUAUUUGAUACUGAGACCACCAAAGCCAAGAACAUGAUCAAGCACUUGGCUGCUUUUAUCAAGUAGCAUCAGAAAACCAGAUUGUUUUAACCUUCUUUUAUUUUCCUUGUACUUUAAUUUUUCUUGUUGUUCUUAAUGUUAUGAAAUAAAGGAGGUUUUAAAAAAUGACAAUGAAAUCAAUUUAGUCCUUCA